GCCGCGGGCCAUGCCGGGCAGCAACAGCUCGUCCCUCCGCCGCUCCUGCCUGCCGGUUGCUCGCUGUCAAGAUUACUUAGGCGCACUGGGAGAGGUCACGAGCCGUGCUGGGCAGUGAUCGCUCGGCCCUCGGCUGCUCCUGCCUGCGGUUGGUAGGAGACGGGGACACGCAGGCGCCCUUGGGAGCAGCCGUGGGCGUGCGGGGCAGCGAUACUCCUCUCCGCUGCUCCUGCUUGCAGGUUGCGCGCAGUAAGGAACGCGCAGGCGCACUGGGAGCGGCCGCGGGGCAUGCCGGGCAGCGACCGCUCGGCCCUCGGCUGUUCCCUCCUGCUGGUUGCUAGGCGUCGGGGACGCGCGCCCGCACGGGGCGGCCGCGCAGCAGGCCCUGGGACGGUUCGUCUCCUCCCGGGUUGGCCCGCGUCUCUCCGGGGCGAGGAUACUCCGGCUGCCCUGCCCGCGAAGAGCGAUGGAGCCGGGGAAGAGAAGAACCAAAGAUGAUACUUGGAAAGCAGAUGACCUCAGAAAACACCUAUGGGCUGUACAAUCAGGUAGCCCCAAGGAAGAAAAGAAACACAGAGAAAAGAAGCUGCACAAGGAGUCUGCAGUGGACGUCCUUGAAUACGAAGAGCAUAAGUACAGGGAUCCAGAGCGAGACACAAAGUACAGAGAGAGGAUGGCCCAGAGAGAGACGCAUGCUGCUAGGGAGAAUCCUCGAGGGGACAGAGACAGAGAGAAACAAAGAGAAAGGAGGAAAGAUGCGAGAGACCAGGAAAAAGAAAAGUUGAAAGAGAAAUAUCGAAGACAAGAUGCGGAAAAGUCUCACGGUAAAGGAAAGGACAGAGAAAAGGAAAAAGACAGAAGGGCCAGGAAGGAAGAGCUGAGGCAGACGGCCGCCUGCCACAGCCUGCCGGGCCGGGAGCCCAGGGACCAGCGGCGUCCGGAGCGAGUGGAAGGGAAGGUGCGCUCAGUAAGUAAGGUAAUAAUUGAAGAGAAAGAAAGGAGAUAUGAAGACUCUGAAAGAGGAGACGAAGAUCGAGAAAGAAGAUACCGAGAAAGAAAGUUGCAGUACGGUGACAGUAAAGACAAUCCUCUCAAGUACUGGCUUUACAAAGAAGAAGGUGAGCGAAGACACAGGAAGCCCAGAGAGCCAGAUCGAGAAAAGAAGCAUGGAGACAAAAGCAGUACAAGGGAAAAAAGAGAAAAAUAUUCAAAAGAAAAAAGUAGUUCCUUCUCUGACAAGGAAGGGGAAGAAAGACACAGAGAAAAACGGCAUAAAGAAGCCUUUCACCUUGACGAUGAGAGGCAGCGAAGCAACACAGAGAGAAAAGAGAGGUCGUCCAAAGAAGGGCAUCGGAAGAGGGAACCCAAGAAUGGUGAACACAGAGAUCGAGGUGCAAGUUCAAAAAGAGAUGGGACUAGCAGCCAGCACGCAGAGAAUUUAGUAAGAAGUAAUGGAAAAGAUAAAGAUUCAAGAAGGAAGAGCCGUGAGGAAGGCUCAUCAGUGUGGAAGUUGGCUCAGAGGCAAGGAAGCGAAGAAACGGUGGAAAUUGAAAAGGAAGACAUUGAUUUAGAAAAUGCUAGAGCUGAUGAAUACACAGCCAGUUUUGAAGAUGAUUUUGAAGACUAUGAGGACGACUUUGAGGUUUGUGACGGAGACGAUGAUGACAGCAAUGAGGAGCCCGCGUCGAAAGACAAGACUGAAGACCUUCCUCCAGCUCGGAAGAAGGAGAUCCAGGAGAUCCAGAAGGCCAUCAAUGCAGAAAACGAAAGGAUCGGCGAGUUGUCUUCGAAACUGUUUCAGAAGCAAGGUCAAAUAGGAUGUGAAAGGUCGUCCAGGACAGAUGCAAACAAUUCCUCUUCCAGAGCCCCUGUUUGUGGAAUUUUUGUGGAUUUUGCAACAGCCUCGCACCGUCAAAAGAGUCGGACUCAAGCCCUUAAACAAAAGACUCGAAGUACAAAACUGCUUCGGCUUAUUGACUUAGAUUUUUCAUUCACUUUCUCUCUCUUGGAUCUACCACCAGUAAAUGAAUAUGAUAUGUAUAUCAGAAACUUUGGGAAAAAAAAUACCAAGCAGGCAUAUGUUCAAUGUAAUGAAGAUAAUGUUGAAAGAGACAUUCAAACUGAAGAAAUAGACACCAGGGAAGUGUGGACCCAGCAUCCAGGAGAAAGUGCUAUUGUGUCUGGAGGUAGUGAAAUAAAGGAUCUCUCUGAUACUACAGUUGUACCAAAGAUUGAUACUCCAAGGUUAUCAAGCUUUCUCCGGGUGGCUUGUCAGGUGAUUGCUGUUUUGCUUGAAGAAGAUCGUUUGGCUGCUGAACCCAGCUGGAACCUCAGGGCCCAGGACAACACCCUGAAUUUUUGUGAUAGUUCUUCUCAGUUGAACACGGGCCUGCCUUUCCUUCAAAACCGAAAAGUAUCCUGCCUGCACGCUUCUCAAGUUCAGAGGCAGACGGUGGUCACUGUUCACGACUUACCUGAAAAGGCAUCUGCCCCCCCACUGGACAGCAGAUACGUCCUCUGUGUGUGGGACAUUUGGCAGCCUUCAGGGCCCCAGAAGGUUCUGAUAUGUGAGUCCAAGGUCACAUGUUGCUGCUUUAGCCCUUCUAAAGCAUUUCUGCUGUUUGCUGGCACAGCACAUGGCUCAGUGGUUGUAUGGGAUUUAAGAGAAGACUCCAGAAUUCAUCAUUAUGUGAAGCUGAGUGAUUGUUUUUGGACGUUCAGGAUGUCGACAUUUUCUACUGAUGGAGUCCUCACGUCAGUAAACCACCGAAGUCCUCUCCGAGCGAUAGAGCCUGUCCCCACGUCUGUCUACAGAAAGCAGAGCUCUGUGCUUUCGCCCUUUUCUACUCAAGAAGAAAUGUCAGGUUUGUCAUUCCACAUUGCCUCCUUGGACGAGAGCGGGGUCCUCAAUGUGUGGGUUGUUGUUGAAUUACCAAAGGCUGACAUCUCAGGUUCAAUAAGUGAUUUAGGUCUAAUACCUGGAGGGAGGAUAAAGUUGGUGCACAGUGCUGUGGUCCAGGUGGGGGACAGUCUUUUCCAUAAAAGUAAUGAAUUCUGGGGGCCCACGCACACACUGAACGUUAAAUUUCUGCCUUCAGAUCCUAACCACUUCAUUGUUGGCACAGACAUGGGUCUCGUAAUCCAUGGCACGAGACAAGAUUUGAGAGUGUCUCCCAAAUUGUUCAAGCCUCAGCAGCGUGGUAUGAGACCAGUGAAAGUUAAUGUGAUUGAUUUUUCACCAUUCGGAGAACCAGUGUUCUUGGCCGGCUGUUCGGACGGGAGCAUCCGGCUGCACCAGGUGAGCUGCGCGCACCCUCUCGUGCAGUGGGACAACAGCACCCGCGGCCACGCCGUCACCAGCCUGCAGUGGUCACCCACACGGCCGGCUGUGUUCCUGGUACAGGACGACACAUCCACUGUCUACAUUUGGGACCUCCUCAAGACUGACCUGGGUCCUGUGGCCACACAGCCCAUCGCCCCCGACAGGCUGGUGGCUGUGACCGUCAUGGGUGAGCCAGAGAAGGCCGGCGGCAGCUUCCUGGCCCUGCUCCUGGCCAGGGCCUCGGGCAGCGUGGACGUCCAGUACCUGAAGAGGCAGUGGGCGGCCCCUGUGCUGGACGAGCACCUCCGGCUGCGGCUGCUCCUGCAGGAAGCCCCAUGGAGGGAGAGGCUGGUGCAGAAGUGACCGUAUUGUUGGGAGGACAUGGUUGUGUCACAGCCCAAAUUUAAAGACAUAACUGUAAGGCUGAUGAGUCUAUGUUUGUG